AGAUUGCCAUGGCCACCUCACCACGUUCCGCCGAUACAAUAUCAUUAUGUUCCACAGUAUCGAGUUGUCCGGAUCGCAAUGGUUUCUAUGGUGGAUUUCAACGCACAGAUAAGCCCAAAGAGCCGCUAUCGAAAGCACAAAUUAUAGCACGAGAAAAGAAAUGGUUAUACAUGUUGGAUAACUGGUCACUGUAUAUGUCUAAAAAUUAUAAAAAGAUAAGAGACCGCUGUCGCAAAGGUAUACCCAAAUCGAUAAGACCCCGAGCAUGGUUCUUUCUAUCCGGUGCCUAUUUGCUGAAAAAGAAAAAUCCCAAUUUAUAUGCCGAACUGCUGGAGAAGCCUGGAAAUCCUCAUGUCAUCGAGGAAAUCAAAAAAGACAAACAUCGACAAUUCCCAUUUCAUGAAAUGUUUUUGGACGAGGAUAAAGUGGGCCAAAUUGAAUUGUUUAAUGUUCUGAAAGCCUAUUCCAUAUAUAAUCCGAAGGUGGGAUUCUGUCAAGCACAGGCACCAAUUGCAGCUUUCCUAUUAAUGCAUUUGCCGGCGGAAGAUGCAUUUUGGGUAUUUGUUAGCGUAUGUGAUGUAUAUUUAGAAGAUUACUUUAUUACCGGCCUAGAGGUCCUACAAAAUGAUGCCGGUAUUUUAGAAGGUCUCCUCAAGAAAACCUGUCCGCCCGUCUAUCGUCAUUUACAAAAACAUCGUGUCGAACCGUUGCUCUAUAUGACCGAUUGGUUUUUGUGUGCCAUGACCCGAACGCUUCCCUGGGAAACGUUGUUGCGUGUAUGGGAUUGUUUCCUCGCCGAAGGUAUACGUGUCAUAUUUAAAGUAGCUCUGGUGAUAUUAGGUGCUUCGCUGAAUAGCCAUAAAGUGCGCAAACAAUGUAAUGGUCUGUGCGAAACCCUCGAAGUGCUACGAAGUCCGCCCGAUAAUGUGCUAGAUGAAGACUUCAUUAUAAAUCAUAUGCAGCGCUUGAAUUUACGUGUCGAAGAUUUUCAAAUAGAACAUACCCGGCAAAAGGCGCGAAGGGCCAAGCAGAAAGCCUUGCAAGAGGCACAAGCUGCUGCUGCAGCAUCUAGGACAGCUUCGGCGGCCGCAUCGUCUUCCGUAACAGUAAUGACACCAGUUGUGGUUGCAGCUGCUUCCAGUACAACAACAACGCCCACAACUACAAUGACCCGAAGUGCAUCGAAUUCGCAGAAUAACACAUUUACACGCAGUCGCACCACAAGUCCAACAAAUAUAACCAGUGGUAGUGUCACUGUGGUGAAUAUUGGCGGGGAUAAUGACGAUGAUAAUAGUAUUAGCAGUAGUAUGGCAGCGGGAGCGGGAGCUGUUGGAUAUGAAUAUAGUAAUGGUGCGGCUGCUACAGCGAUCACGAGUAAUGGCGGCGGUGGUGGGCCUAGUGUUAUUGUAGCAACAUCUACAACAAAAUUCGAUGGAGUUAUUGGAUCUAAUGGCAAUAAUAGUAAUGGCAAUGGUAGUGUUAGUGUUACCACCACUAAUAAUUAUCAUACAUAA